GAAGGCAGUCCGGAGGAGAACGCAGCGGAGUGGCAGCUGGCACAGUCAAUGUCCAGGGAGGCUGAUGAAGCGACCCUCUGUAUCUACUGGUGGGAUUGUCCAAUAAUACAGCACUUCAGCUCGGUUUCACACCUGACACAGAGCGUGCAAUUACAUUGCUUUUUAUUAUUUAGCUGAGAAAAGCCUGUGAGAGAACCUUCUGCUGCGUUUGCUGGUGAAGAUGAGCUGCUGUUUCCAAAGAAGAUUUACAUUUUCAAACAAACAACAUAAUAAUUAAUCUGGUUUCAAGGAAGGAAAUUGGCACCAUGUACCAAAAAGCAUCAUUAUUAUUGACCUAAUUUGUUGGAUCAAAUUGUCAAAUAAGUAAACAAGUCUUUCUAAACAAAAUAAAAGUGUGUGCUAAGACAUGGGAGACUCCAACAUCAGCCACAUGGCAGUAGCUUAUACAGAGAUGCAGGAGAGUUUCCCAACGGGAAAGCUGAAUCAUUACAUGGACAACUAUGAUAUGGACUAUGGCAUCCCCCCCGAUGAGAUCCCAGACACCACGCAGGGCCAGGCCUUCUUUGUGGCCACCAUUGUUAUUGGUGUGGUGCUUGCCUGCAUCAUGCUUGUCUGCGGGUUGGGAAACUUCAUCUUCAUCGCCACACUGACACGCUACAAAAAACUCCGCAACCUCACCAACCUCCUCAUUGCCAACCUGGCCAUCUCAGACUUCAUUGUGGCAGUGGUGUGUUGCCCGUUCCUGGUGGACUACUAUGUGGUGAAACAACUUUCCUGGGACCAUGGACUGGUGCUGUGUGCCUCUGUCAACUAUCUGCGGACUGUGUCACUCUACGUGUCCACAAACGCAUUGCUUGCCAUUGCAAUUGACAGGUACAUGGCUAUCGUCCAUCCUCUGAGGCCCCGUAUGAAGUACCAAACGGCCUACUGCCUGAUAACAGGAGUCUGGAUUGUUCCCAUUCUGAUAUCAAUUCCCUCUGCCUACUUUGCCUCUGAGACCAUGUACCCUCACAGUGGCACCACCCCAACCACGCACAAAGUCUUCUGUGCCCAGAUCUGGCCAGUUGACCAGCAGGCCUACUAUCGGUCCUACUUCUUGCUUGUUUUUGCCUUGGAGUUUGUUGCACCUGUGAUCGUCAUGGCAAUAUGUUACACCCGAAUUUCCCGCGAGCUCUGGUUCAAGAAUGUCCCAGGUUUCCAGACGGAGCAGAUUAGGAAGAGGUUGCGUUGUCGCCGUAAGACAGUAAUGGUCCUGAUAGGGAUCUUGACGGCGUACAUCCUGUGCUGGGCUCCGUACUAUAGCUUCACCAUCCUACGAGAUUUCCAUCCAACCCUCAUCUCCCGCCAGAAAAAUUCAUUGGUGGCCUUCUACAUCAUUGAAUGCAUUGCCAUGAGCAACAGCAUGAUCAAUACCUUCUGUUUUGUCAGUGUCAAGAACAACACAGUUAAGUACCUGAAGAAGAUUGUGCUGCUGCGCUGGAGGUCAACCUAUGCCGCCAGUAAGACUGUGGAUGAGAUGGAUAUGAGGACCUCCUCCGUGCCUGUAACAGAGGUGAUUGAAUGCAUUCAUCUGAGGUGAAGAGAAGAAAAUCUGUGAUAUAACAGUCAUUUAGAUUUGGACUUUUGAUAUACAGAAACUACAUAGUUGACAGUGAUGAUGGAACAUUUCUCUCAUUUUAAAACACAUUUAAGAAUAAGUUAAAGCAUCAUUAACACUCAUGGAAAGGUCAAACCCUAACAGUAAAUUGAUUAAUUGGGGAACAUAGCUCAAACUUUGUUAGGCAUCAGUACAUAAAGUACUUCUGUUUGAGGUAUUAUGAGAAUGUAAUUGUUGUGCAUACUGUGCACUGUGCUAUUGUGAAAUGUUGUAGCAUGUGUAUGAGAUAUAUUACAUGGAAGACUUGUAAAUAACAGCUACUACUGGCCUUACUGAUCCAUGAUGUUGACUACUUACAGUACAUAAGGUCAUCUCUGUAUUGCCUGUAUCUGUUGGCCUAUAUUUAUUUUCACUAAGGUCAAAAAACUCUUGAUAUCAAGGAAAUAAUUUCAUUGACCAUUGCUUUUUGUAUUGCUUGUGUUUUCUAUUUUCCUUGUUUGCUUCUAAUAACUUGUUCAGGAUGUUUCAGUAGAGAUGUAAUUUUGUGGAAUGUAUUGAGUAUUGAGAAGGUCUUCUGAAUGUCUUAAAAAGAAAAUGUUUUUCUUGAUCAUUUGUCCCUGAAAAGAGUCAUUGCAUUGCAUGCUUUAUUUGUAGAUGAAUGUAUUGUAUGUGUGUUUAUGGUAAUAAAUAAUAA